AUGAAAAUUUCGAUUUUCUUUGUGUUUCUUGCGCUUAUCCAAAAUUCAAAAGAAACAUUCUCUGAAAUUCAGAAUUACACAGUGAAUGACUUUAGCAGCAACACGCCCAUGCUUAUAUUUAUAUACUACAACAGCAAGAACAGCACAUGUCUUGCCUGCGAGUCAUACAAAAAAUGGCUUUCAUCUUUUCCUGAUUACACAGUGGGAGCCUUUACAAUCAAAAAGCUGAACUUCAACACAGAUCCAGUGCUUUCCCUGCGGUUCAAGGCAACAAGCUUCCCAACAUUCUUUUUACAGCAUAAAAAAAGGUUUAAAGACAUCACGGCUGUUGACAUCCUUGACCACAACCUCUCAUACGACAAGAAGUACGAAAAUGACAUAGACGCGAUUCUUAAAAACCCAAGAAUCCUGGACUAUGUGGAGACCCUGGAAGGUCUCAGAGCACCUUCAUCUAUAGCAAUGCUAAUAUAUGCGCAUGUGUUCACAGUCUUCAUGCUAUCCUUUAAUGUGCUGGACAGAAUCGCAGAAUACGUCUCAUUCCGUCUUGUAAUGACAAGCUUGGCAAUUAUUUUUGCAUCAUCCGUUAUUAUUCGAAUACUAAGAAGUAAUCAGAAAAAGAUAAAGACAAAAGAAGCAGAAUAA